AUGUGCGGCGAGCGGCGGGAGGGGCGGGUCCUUCCGCCCUCUGGGGCGAGCGGCUCGGCUUCGAACGCGGCUCUGAAGGCGCUCGGGCAGCGGGAGGCCUCCGGGGCUGGAGGGCCGCACCGCGCCGAGGGCUCCCACAGGCCUCGCCCGCCGCCCACCCGGGACCCCGGCGGCCCCGCUCGACAGCGGCCCGGGAACGGGGUUACCGUACGCUGCUCCGGAGCUGGCAGGGUUAGGACGCGGCUCCAGCGACCCGAAGCCGGCUCGGCAGCGGCUGCGGCGGCCGCGUCCUUUAUUUUUGCUGCAGCAGCGGCGACUUGUCAAAGGGAACGACGUAAGAGGCGGUGGCAGCGGCGGCAGGCGAGUAUCGCGGGAUUUGGGCGGAACUCUCGCGCAGUCUGGAACCCUCACCCCGCCCCCCAAGCCCCGCGCGGGAGGCGAGAGGGGCUGAGGGUGGAGCGCCGGGGCGAGGUUGUGGGCAGAGGGAAAGAGGGAAAGGGAUUCAAUGGGAGACGGGAGCCUAGGUUCUGGGGACACCCCGUCCCCGCGCAGCCCUCACCUUUCAGCCCUCGCAGAGUCCGGACAGCCCUGUCCGCCCGCGGAGACCGGCCUCUGCCUAUGAGACACAAUUGGGGGCGUUUCACAAAGGGCGGUGAGGAGUGGGGGGGCCUGCCAGCGCCCCCCGGUAUCCUCGUGGACUGCCAGAACCCUGCAGAUGCUGGGGGCUGCCACUCCUCGGUUUUCUUUUCCGCCGAGGAACGCGGAGGUCUUUGUUGAAUGCCUACCAUAAACCAGGAACUGAUUAUACUAAGUUGAGCAAGCUUUACUAUCUGCUCUCAAGGAGCUUAUUGUCUAACUGGAGGAUGCAGAAAAGAAAAUAGAUAAUUAUAACACCAUGUGAAGAGAGUGCAAGUGACAAGGGUAUGAGAGGAAGGAUCCAGAGAGAGGAAGGACAAAGAGCGGAAAUGCUUCUUGGAGAAGGAGGUUUAGGAGGAUGGCACACAUAAUGAGGAUCCAGCUCAUUUCAUGAACAGUGAUUCACAAAUCAACUCCAAAAUAACUUCAACAAAUUGCUCUGUUGUGGGUUGUGAAUUCUGCUUUGUUCUAAUCAAACUCAUAUCUCCUAAACCAUUAGAAAAGUG